AUGAUGGCAAAGGACCUUAGACAUUUAUUAAGCAAAGAGGCGCUAAUUAGAAAACCAUCGCCAAUUAAAACUACCAUGGCAUAUUUUGAGGAUCCCAAAAUGGUAUUUUUAGGCGCUGGCAUGCCUCCUGGUGAAUUAUUCCCCAUAAAUUCAAUUACUAUAGAUGCACCUUUGCCACCUACUGCAAAUCCAGCUGAUUAUGAUAAGAGUGGGAUAGUUCUAGGUAAGAUUUUAAAAGUACUGUCGGAUCGCGAGUUUCUGUCCGAUAUUCCACUUGAAAGGGCGUUGCAAUAUGGUAAUUCGCGAGGACAAAAAGAGCUCUUGGAUUUCUUGAAGCAACACAUGUUGGAGUUUCACAGGGUGUUAUAUGAAGACUGGGAUAUUAUCACCACUGCUGGUGCUACUCAAGCAUGGGAUGCAACAUUAAGGGUAUUUUGUGAUCCCGAUGACAGUAUUCUUCUCGAAGAAUUGACUUAUUCCUCAUCUGUGGAAGCCGCAGAAUCACAGCUUCUAUAUUGCGUUGGUAUGGAGAUGGAUGAGGAUGGUAUUAUUCCUGAGAAGCUUGCAUAUCUACUAGAAAAUUGGAAUGAAUUACAUCCAGGGCGCAGAUUCCCUAAAUUAUUGUAUACUAUACCAACAGGACAAAAUCCAACUGGUGCCACUCUAAGUGAAGAUCGUAAACCAAUCAUAUACGCUCUUGCAAAUCGCUACGACAUGAUGAUAAUUGAGGAUGAUCCUUAUUACUACUUGAAUAUGGGAGAAUACGUUCCUGGUUUGAUUAGGACCGAUGAGAUGUACAAUACAACAACUCAAUUCUUCAUAGAAAAUCCCAAACAGUUCAAAAAAUCGUUAUCCAAAUCUUUCUUAGAAUUAGAUUUUGAUGGAAGAGUAAUAAGGUUAGAUUCCAUGACAAAGAUCUUUGCGCCAGGUUGUCGUACUGGCUGGAUAAUGGGUCCCAAAUAUUUGCUCGACAUUUAUUGGAAUUUACACGAAUUAUCAAUCCAAUCCACCUCGGGGUUCUCACAAAGUAUCAUAAAUGGCAUUUUAUGUCGCUGGGGCCAUGAACGCUACAAGAACUGGCUAAUUCAAUUGUGCCAGCUGUACACUAAGAAGCGCGAUUUCUGCCUCGACUGCUGCUACAAAUAUCUUCCAUUGGAUUUUGUGCGUGUCCCUGCACCAAUGGCUGGAAUGUUCUUCAUGGUUUACUUUGAUGCCCUGAGGCAUCCACUCUUUGAAACAAAAUUUGAGUCUGAUCCGAAUCAAGUCGAAGAAUAUUUGUACAAAAGGUUCGUAGAAGAGGGCGUUUUAUUAGCAUGUGGUUCUUGGUUUAAAGUCAAUCGUAACAGUCGAAAAAAUACAGAAAUAUCUUUUAGAGGAACAUUUGCAGCUCCACAACCUGCAGCUUUAGAAUUAGGUAUAAGAACUGCUGCAAAGGUAAUUCGGACUGAGUUUAAAUUAUGA